UUGACCGGAAUCCUGAAGCAACCACGCACCGGUUUUCUAACACUCUUCGAAGCUUUGCAUUAUUGCGAAUCAGGGUGGUACUUAAAAAACCCAUCAUUCCCUAUUUGGAUUCUUGGUUCGGAGACUCAUUUCACUGUACUGGCUUCCCCAGAUCCCUUUCUCGUCUGCGAAGAGACCGAUACUGAAUCAAAAGGUGCUACUCUGCAUCAGGCUGAGAUUGAAUUCACCCGACUCAGCACAGAUCAGGAUGCAGAAACCGGGUUUAUUCGAGAAUCACAAUUGGAGGAAUUGCUCAAACGUCUACAUAUCUCAUUCACCACGCACUCCCUUGGGGAUUUAAAGAAAACUCUCGAUCCGGAAGAUCUUGGUGUGAUUCUAGAAUCCUCGUUUCUGCAGCACUUUUUCCCUCAUGAAAUGGCCAAGCGUCGCACAACCGUCCGCGAUUUUCGUGUCAUUCACUAUAACGGCUUGGAAAAAUCCAAUUCCGACGGCCAGGUUCGCUAUCAGACCGGUGAAGCUCAUAUACUAGAUCCUACAGAGGACUCAGUCGCUUUGGAGGAAAUUGAACGUAGCCCCAUUCAACGAUGUCUGCAGACCAAAUGGCCUACGAUUCGUCUCAAGUGGGAUGAAGGACGGAGUCCUUCGCUCAAUUGA